UUUCGCCUCUCUUCGUUGCUCUCUCUCUUUAUCUCUCUAGCGGGCAAUGUAAACGUAGCAGCAGCCAAUCUCAUUGUCAUCAACCAGAAACCCCUACAUCGGUUUUCUCUCUUUUUCAAUUUCUUUUUCAUGCCCCAUCGAUUCCGUUUAUGUUAUGCUAUUCAAAUCUAGUCCAAUCGAAUCCAAUUCGAUAUAAUCCAUCUUUUCGUAGUCUUGAUCAGAUUUGCUUCGGGACGGAGUUAUUUCAAUCCGCCCACGAUCUGUUAUAUUGUUCUAAUUACCUAUUGCGAUUGUAAUUCCUAGCUACUAUUCGUUUUGGCUCGCUUUUUGGCUCUCGAUCAGAUUGGGUUCAUUUCAGGUUGUGAGGCAAUGGAAGAAUUGAGAAAUGUAACUAUAAGGGCUUGAAAGAUGCCUGGGUUAACACAAAAGAAUUACCAUUUAAAUUGUGGGUCAUCGGCUAUAUACUCGCUCUCGGCCAAUGGAUUUUGGUCCCAGCAUCGCGACGAUGUUAGCUACAAUCAGCUCCAGAAGUUUUGGAUUGAGCUGCUGCCCCAAGCCAGGCAAAAACUCCUGAGAAUUGACAAGCAAACCCUCUUUGAGCAAGCUCGUAAGAAUAUGUAUUGCUCUAGAUGUAAUGGUUUGCUGCUUGAGGGAUUUUUGCAGAUUGUCUUAUAUGGGAAGUCUUUACAACAAGGAAAAACACGUGUGAAUCAUGCAUGCAACAGAUUAGGGGUUUCAAAAAAUCAAGCAGGUGAUGGAGCGUUGACGGUUAAUGGGUUUGAAGAUGAAAUUCAAGAUCCAUCCGUCCAUCCUUGGGGUGGUUUGACUACAACACGUGAUGGGUUGCUGACACUUUUGGAUUGCUAUUUGUGUUCAAAGUCUUUCCUGGAUCUCCAAAAUGUCUUUGAUAGUGCACGUGCUAGGGAGCGAGAACGAGAAUUGCUUUAUCCAGAUGCCUGUGGUGGGGGAGGUCGUGGUUGGAUUAGUCAAGGAACAGCAAGUUAUGGCAGGGGACAUGGAACAAGGGAAACAUGUGCCUUGCACACUGCUCGGCUUUCUUGUGAUACAUUGAUUGAUUUUUGGUCAGCAUUAGGAGAAGAGACUCGACUAUCUCUUCUAAGGAUGAAAGAAGAAGAUUUUAUUGAGAGGCUAAUGUACAGGUUUGACAGCAAGAGGUUUUGUAGAGAUUGCAGAAGAAAUGUGAUCCGUGAGUUCAAGGAACUAAAGGAGCUGAAGCGCAUAAGAAGAGAGCCUUGCUGCACUAGUUGGUUUUGUGUUGCAGAUAUGGCAUUUAAUUACGAGGUAUCAGAUGACACAAUCCAGGCCGAUUGGCAUCAAACUUUUGCUGACUCUGUGGAGACAUAUCAUUAUUUUGAAUGGGCUGUUGGAACAGGAGAAGGAAAAUCUGAUAUUCUGGAGUUUGAAAAUGUUGGCAUGAAUGGAAGUGUCAAAAUGAAUGGCCUAGAUCUUGGUGGUUUGAAUUCAUGCUUUAUAACCCUCAGAGCUUGGAAAUUGGAUGGACGCUGCACUGAGCUCUCGGUGAAAGCUCAUGCGUUGAAAGGUCAACAAUGUGUUCAUCGCAGGCUUACAGUUGGUGAUGGAUUUGUUACAAUCACAAGAGGGGAAAGUAUUAGGAGGUUUUUUGAGCAUGCUGAAGAGGCCGAGGAGGAGGAGGAGGAUGAUUCUAUGGAUAAAGAUGCAAAUGGUUUGGAUGGAGAUUGUUCUCGUCCUCAAAAGCAUGCAAAGAGUCCUGAACUUGCUCGGGAGUUUCUUUUGGAUGCUGCAACUGUCAUUUUUAAAGAACAGGUUGAAAAAGCCUUCAGAGAAGGAACAGCACGCCAAAAUGCACAUAGCAUCUUUGUGUGUCUUGCACUAAAAUUACUGGAAGAACGAGUUCACAUAGCAUGCAAAGAAAUCAUUACUCUGGAAAAGCAGAUGAAACUUCUUGAAGAAGAAGAGAAGGAAAAGCGUGAAGAAAAAGAACGCAAAGAGCGGAAAAGGACAAAAGAAAGAGAGAAGAAACUCCGGAGAAAAGAAAGAUUAAAAGGAAAGGAAAAGGAUAAAGAUAAGAUAAGUUCUGAAUCAGCUGAAGCGUGUGCUCAUUCUGAUGUCUUGGAGGACUUGUCCCCAUGUGAUUUGGAGCCAAAUUCUGAUGCAGUCGGUGAAGUAUGUGAUGCCAGCGUGCCCGAGUCUUCCGAUACUUUCAAUGAGCUGUUUUUAAAUGAAUCCAUCAUUUCAGAAGGGCAAAAUUCAUAUGAUGAUAGCUUUGAUGGGAAACUUGGCGAUGGAAAUGAGUCUUUCAUAGGUGAUCAAUCUAAAGUUUCUCGCUGGAGAUUAAAAUUUCCAAAGGAAGUUCAAGAUCAUUCUUUCAAGUGGUCUGAGAGGCGCCGAUCUAUGGUUUCAGAAAAUGGGGCGCUGGUUAACAGAUCUGAGCAAAGAUAUUAUGCGGAUAGUUCGGAAAAUCCUUCCAGGAGUAUGAAUGCAUCAAACAGGAAAUUAAGAACAAAUUCAUUAAAGGCCUAUGGUCGACAUGUCUCUAAGUUUAAUGAAAAGAUGCACUCUUCCAACAACUGGGUAUCGUACGAUUACCGUUCCUGUGUCUGUAACCAAAAUAAUGAAUUUAACAAAAAGGCAGAGCCGUUUGUUUCUUCGGUUAGAUUUAACCGAGAUGUCAAAUCUGCGAGCAAGUCAGAAUCUUUAUUUGAUAUGUCCAAGCAAAGUUAUCGUUCUAACAAGUUCAGCUAUGGAGAUUAUUCUCGUGAUAGCGGAAGACUGAAAAACAAAGCUGCUUUGUUAAACAAUUCUCCUGGUAAAGAUUUUGUUUAUUCAAAGAAAGUUUGGGAGCCCAUGGAAUCACAGAAGAAAUAUCCUAGAAGUAACUCUGACUCAAAUGUUGCAUUGAAGUCUUCAACUUUCAAGUUUGGUGUGGAACCUGAUUAUGACCUUGUGAAGUCCAGGCAUGAAUGCUGCAGUGGUGAAGUUAGCGUAGCUUCUGGCACCGUUGAUCAAGAGGAGAGUAAUUCAACUGAAUCUACUUCUGUUAUUGAAUCAGAUGAUGUCUUCCAAAAUGGACUUCCUAUUGAAUUGAAGGAUCAUAAAAACGUUGAAGAAGACGCAUGUGAGGAGGUAACACCGUGUUCUGUAAAUUCGACAGUAGACAUGAAAAUGACAUCCUGUGGAACCAGUAACCAAGCAGGAACUAGCUCUCUAAAUUCUGACAACUGCUCAUCAUGCCCGAGCGAAGGAGACAGUAAUACUAUCUGCUCGAACCAUGGAAAUUUAGAAUCGUCGUCCACAUCAGACUCAGAAUAUGCUAGCCAUCAAUCAGAAGGAAAGGAAUCUUCAGCAUCCAUUCAGUAUGGCUUUUCUGAGCAUCAUGAGAUAAGGAUGGAUAAAGCAAUUGGCGGUGAUGCGAUGGGAAGCACGAACUGUUCCGGUCUUUCGCAAGAUAACGAGGGAUGUAAAGUUCAAGGAAAGGCACCGAAAAAUGUUCCUCAGAACUUCGAAGCAGGGUUCUCUGCUGUUAAUCUGGAUUCCCCAUGUCAUGUGACACUUCCUUCGGUUCAAAACCAAAAUGUUCACUUUCCAGUGUUUCAGGUUCCUCCAUCAAUGGGCUAUUACCACCAAAACUCAGUUUCAUGGCCAGCAGCUGUCCAUGCGAAUGGAAUAAUGCCUUUCUCCUAUUCAAAUCACUGUGUAUAUGCCAAUCCUCUUGGGUAUGGUUUAAAUGGUAACCCACGCUUCUGCAUGCGAUAUGGCCAUUUGCAUCAUCUUGCUAAUCCCGUCUUCAACCCGAGUCCCGUUCCUAUUUAUCAGCCAGCUGCCAAAGCUAGCAAUGGUAUCUUUGUUGAAGACAGAACUCAGGUCUCUAAAUCAGGUGCAAUAACAGAAAGUUCUGCAGCUAAUCCAGACGUCGUCGUUACCAGUGGACUCCCGUACGCACUCAGUUCACCACCAAGCGGAGAUUGUAAGCAAAACGAUACUUCUUCCAAACUGCAAAAGGAUAGCUCAAGCUUUUCAUUAUUUCAUUUUGGAGGGCCUGUUGCACUUUCAACGGGAGGAGGUAAAUUAAAUCUCAUGCCCUCCAAGGAAGACAAUAAUGAGGUGGAAGUUGUUGGAAAUGGUCAUGGUUUCAAUAAGAAGGAAACUGCCAUUGAAGAAUACAACUUGUUUGCAGCAAGCAAUGGCAUGAGGUUCUCAUUCUUCUGAAUCUCGGAACAAGAAGAAGAUACGAGGUGGCUGUUUUCGAUUUACUCGUCCCUAUCUUCAUAUUAAUUCUUUUUAAUGGAAUUUUACAGUACUUGCUACAUAAUAAGUUUUCUUGAAAUCUCAAUUUUACUUAUAAGUUUUUCAGUAGUUGAUGAUUGCUCUCAAAUUUAGUCUACUCAUUAUUUCUCCUGCUGUAGAAGUGAACACAAAAACAAAAGAAAAACAAAAAACAAAAAACAAAAGAAGGAUGAAAGAGUGCGUGCGUGGUAUCGUGUUUGCUGCAGGUUCCCAAAACGAGUCGAGUUUUUCUAUCGACA